CUCCGGGUCAGCCUCUCUUCAGUUGAGACAUCAUCCCGUACCUGCACAUCCGGUACUAAAGAUCCUCUUAUCCCUGAAUGAUUGCGGUGUCGAGUGAGCAACCGGUCUGAGCUCCGUGGCGAGGGUUUUUGCGCGGCAACAGGCGGCCCGCCAAGAGCCGCCUCUCUUACUCUGUGGGAAGGACUCACCACUCAUCCGGUUCAUCAUCCUUUGGCUCUUCAAAAGGUGCCUGCUGCUCUGCCUUUGGCUGGGCAUCUUGUUUCGAUGUUGUUGAUCCCAUUGGACUUGAAGUGGCGAGCGUCUAACUCGUCUUUUUCCGGAAUUUUGCUGUCUGAGAGUUGUUCUGGGUCUGGGACUGCCGAAUCGGAGCGCACAAUCAUUUCACUGAAAUUUGCCCAUCCAAACAUCCGGGCCAACAAACCCCCUGCCGAAUGAGGAAAUCAACGCAUCAUCAUGUCAUCACAGAAACUCAACGUCUUGCGCCAUUUCUUUACUCUUUCGGCUAACCGAUACUCAGGCACGGGAUCGACUCUCGAGUCUGUCCGGCACUGCAUCUACUCGCUGCGCCGUUUACUGGGGCCCAACUAUGCCGUGAACCCGAUUACUGAGUCGGCAUUGCUCAAGGAGCCAUGGGCUCCCACCUGCGCACUCCUCGUGUUUCCCGGCGGUGCCGAUCUCGGCUAUUGCCGCGUCCUCAACGGGGCCGGGAACCGCAGCAUCGCACAGUUCGUCCGUCGUGGAGGAGCCUAUCUCGGGUUUUGUGCCGGCGGCUAUUAUGGCAGUCGUCGCUGCGAGUUCGAAGUUGGAAAUCCUGAUCUGGAAGUCGUCGGCAACCGGGAGUUGGCCUUCUUUCCUGGGACUUGCCGUGGUGGCGCGUUCAAGGGGUUUCAGUACCACAGCGAGCGUGGUGCACGGGCUGCCAGAAUAUCUGUCGCAAAACAGGCGUUUGCUGAGUCGGCAACUCUUCCCGACGAGUUCCGGUGCUACUACAAUGGCGGCGGAGUGUUCGCUGACGUUGAGAAACUGCAAGAGUCAAGCCACAUCCAGAUUCUUGCCGAGUAUACAGGAGACCUCGCCGUAGAAUCUGGUCAAGCCAAAGCUGCGAUGGUCUACUGUAAAGUGGGGGACGGCGCGGCAAUUCUCACCGGUCCACACCCGGAAUUUGACGCUGUCAACCUCAGCCACCAAUCAGACGUCCCAGGAUACGACGACCUUAUCGAGGCACUCAAGAAAGACGAGGAGGCAAGGACAUCCUUUCUAAAGGCGUGCCUCACAAAACUGGGUCUCGAGGUCAGCCAGGACACAUCCCACGUGCCCAGUUUGUCAAGAAUCCACCUCUCCUCCCUUCAUCAUCUCGAAGCCAGCGAGAUUCUGUGCUCCUUUGACGAUAUUAUCACGAAGGACAACGGCGAGGACUACAUUAGAGGAGACAAUGACUUGUUUCAUCUCGAAAAGCCGGAUUCGAGGUGGUCUCUGGCCGCGCUGAGUGAUGCGCUACUAGACAACUUCAAAACCGCUAAGAAAAAGAACAGCCGCGGUUCUCCUGACCCUACCGCUGACCACAGCCGCAUCCCCAAGCGUAUUGUCUCUCACGAGGAGGCGUGGCCCGAGCCCAAAGAAACGCCUUACUUCAACCACGCAGUGUACUAUUCAAGUCUCCGCGAGUUCAGAGCGAAGGAGUCCGAGGCAGAAACAUGGGGUGAUGUACUGAUGUAUGGCGAAGUCGUGACCAGUACCAACACCAUGCUCGAGAAAAACCAUAACCUCCUUUCAAAGCUGCCCACCGGGUUCACCUUUGCUGCAACAACUCAAGUUGCUGGCCGUGGCCGAGGCGCCAACGUCUGGGUCGCGCCCCCGGGAUCCCUGAUCAUGUCAACAGUCAUCAACCAUCCAGCCCACAUCGCAACGUCCCGACCUAUUGUAUUUAUCCAGUACCUCGCUGCCCUGGCCACUGUUGAGGCGGUCAAAUCCUACAACGAGGGAUACUCCGAGUUGCCAAUCAAGAUCAAGUGGCCAAACGACGUCUACGUCCGGGACCCCAGAAAGCCAAACGAAGUGUCGUAUGUCAAGAUUGGCGGCAUCCUCGCCAACUGCGCCUACUCCUCGGGAAAUUACCAGGUGGUCCUUGGCAUCGGCAUCAACACCAACAACGGCCGGCCAACCACCAGCCUCGACGCCCUUUUACCGAUGCUCGAGGGCAGCCGCAGCAAAAGGCUAGAGCCCUUCCGCAUCGAGCGGAUGCUCGCGCGCAUCCUGACCCGCCUCGAGGUCCUCUACGGCGAGUUCUGCCGCAACGGGUUCUCGCGCGAGCUCGAGGGGCGGUACUACCAGCACUGGCUGCACACCAACCAGGUCGUCACGCUCGAGGCCGAGGGCGGGGUCAAGGCGCGCGUCGUCGGAAUCACGCGGGACUGGGGCAUGCUCAUGGCGCAGGAGCUGGCCGAGGACGGUAUCAACGGCGCGCUGAGGGCCACGGGCAAGGUUUGGGCGCUGCAGAGCGACGAGAACAGCUUUGACUUUUGGAGGGGGCUCGUCAAGAGAAAGAUUUGA